ACAGCGCGCAAAUAUUAAGCCGCCUGCCAGACGACCCGCCUGAAAUACUUCCAGGAUGUGUCGAAGUAGAAUAGCGUAUAUGUGGGAUCUCCAUGUCGAUGGUUUGCUGUUGUCGAGUGUCAAGUAUGGCGCAUGUAUGGGAGAGAUGGUUUCUCUAUAAGAAAGAGCACUGAUCUAUAAUUGCGAAUACUUAAUAUUCUAUUUAAAUACUACAUAUGCUAUUUAAAUAUACUAUUUAAAUAUUCCAUUAAAAUUAAUUUUUUCGCGAGAUACUUGGUGACGAACCCUGAAAUCAGAUUAUGAACAACGGAUGAUUUUCUUUGGGUAAUGUGAACAGCGGAGUAUCAUCCUGCUAAGAUUCCACCGUUGAUCUUCUAAUUCGCUGACUUUGGGACAAUAUUCUAUAGAGAUCGUAUGUUUCUGGCAGCGAAAUGGCUGAAGUUCAUGUAAUGAACAACUGCGACAGUGUCUUAUAGAUAUCAUAUGGCAAUGGAACAGCGGAAACAUUAUUGUUCGUGCUACUAGAAUUUACUGAGGUACUGCGCCGUUAAUAAUAUCAUUUACUCCCAUAUAAAUCUAUGCGUGGGAGGAAGACACAAAGUCAACAUGGAAAAUCAAUUUGUGUUAUACGACAUAAUUCGAACAGGUGUUGACGAAACACUAUUAAUAAUUUCGCGUUAGUAUAAGGGGUGUUAUUGUGCGUUUUGAGUGGGCGAACGCUUCAGAUGUGAACUUGAAUGAUGACCAUUCUGCUGGUCCAGGAACCUUGUGGUUCUUCCAUUUCAGUGUCAGCGGACCGGAGGAGCGCAACACGACGGAACGCCGUUCAGGAAUUCAAUAAUGGCAUCGUACUAACUUCUCAGGCUCUCGAAGACAACGAACUUGUCAGCGUGACGAUCGAUGCUCUAGUUCCAACUUGGACAGGGUCGAUUCAGCUUGGUGUCACCGCAAGAGACCCCCGCGGUCUCGACACAUUACCAGAUUCGGCUGCCCACUUGAAGGCAUGUACGUGGCUCUAUACUGGGACGUGCAUCCUAUAUAACGGCAAACAAAUUAUUGAAAAUUAUGGAACGGCAAAUUUGGAUAAUUUAGCAAAAGGUGAUCGUGUUGGAGUCGUUCGACAAAGCAAUGGGAGUGUUCAUUUCGUCGUAAACGGUGUAGAUCAAGGGGUAGCUGCUAGUAACACUCCGUCUCGUCUCUUUGCCGUGCUUGAUCUCUAUGGAAAGUGUGUACAAAUAUCUAUUAAUGAUAUCGUACCUGUUGAGAAUAUGAAUAUACUCGCGGUACCCUCACCCAAUUCUCUUGCUUUGCCAAUGAUAACCUCUUCAUCGGCGUCCAACCGUGAACAAGUGGCUUCUUGCAUGUUUGAUAAUUUUACUACUCCUCCUAUAGCAUACCAGAAUUCAGCCAGCGAUUCCUUUACAUCUCGCAUCAUGACGGUCGGUAAGCGCCGGCUUAACGCAUCGACGAAUUUCAUGGGGAAUUCCCGAGAAAAUUCAAGAGCAUCAAACCUGGCCUGCUGUAGUUCCUCGGGAGAGCAAGAUACUGCAGAAGGCCCUUUGCGGUUCCAUGAACGAUGUGGCAGCAAUAUUCGUCUAGCCCCGGACCUUAUGUCAGCCGAGAGGGUCCACCCAAUCGAUCAGUUUAACCAUGGUGUCAUUCUGAGUAAUCGACCUUUGAGACACAACGAAUUAUUCGAGAUUCGGAUCGAUGCCCUAGUAACGAAAUGGAGCGGUUCGUUAGAGGUUGGAGUAACUAGUCAUAGUCCAGAACAACUCGACUUUCCCGAAACAAUGACUUGUAUGAGAUCUGGAACCAUAAUGAUGAACGGUCUAGGUAUUCUAGUUAAUGGAAUGACAACGAAGACCGCGUACGCAUCAACUGAUCUUGAUCAUUUACGGGUGGGUGACAGGGUCGGUGUUGUGUGGCGUUCUGGAGGGCAUGUGCACUUUGUGAUCAACGGAGUUGAUCAGGGGGUUGCAGCGACGGAUGUUCCGGAGGGAGUUUAUGGCGUAGUUGAUUUAUACGGCCGGUCAGCCCAAGUAUCUAUUGUAGUACAACUAGCACAACAGCAACAACAGACAGAUGAGGAUCAGGAUGACGACCAGCAAGCAAUGGGAUGGAACUCUAAGGAUCGAUUGCAAUGGUUUCAACGGCCACUAUGUUUUGCGGCCACUGAUUCCGUAGCAUUUUCUACUGACUUGAGAACUGCCCUUUUUGUGAGCAGCGGCUCUGUACAGUCCGCAACUUUGCUGUCAGAGCGAUCACUUCGAAUUGGAGAGGCGUUUCUUGUCCGUUUGAGGGCGUUGCCGCUAGGAGCACACGUUUCCAUUGGUGUUGCAAUGCGUGUUCCAUCGACAACGGAGAGUAGCGUCUCUCAUGAAAGCGGACUAUGGUUUUUUCCCUCGAGAGGACUGACACUCGAUGGGCAACUUUUCGACAAGAACUAUGGCCGUGACGUAGCCACUCAACUUAAGAAGGGAGAUCGGGUUGGUGUAUUCGUAGCUCGGGAUACGUCGGUUCAUUUUUGUGUCAACGACCGGGACUUAGGCGUUGCACUGCAGCUUGCCCCACUGCCGCUUUGGGGAGUCGGUUCUAUGCUACUCAGUGGACCAGCACCUCAGACAUGUGUCGUUAGUCUUGUUCAGCCAGAAAGACCGUUAAUCGAAGACUUUCGAUCGGACCUCCUUCGUCUUCAUACGACUCGUCAUGGUGCAAAAGCUCUAGUGCUUAACUCGGGCUUAACGGCUGUUCGUGUAGAUCCCUACAAGGACUUCAAUUUAGCCAUUGUUACUUCGGAUCGGCCACUUUAUGAUAACGAGAUUUUCGAGGUCGUUGUCGAGGAAAUGGAAGGUCGAUGGAAAGGUUCCUUAGAGGUAGGCGUAACGUCGGUUCCGCCUGAGCAAAUGAAGUUCCUGCCAACUGCAAAAGAUGCUCGACCUGAUACCUGGAUGCUCUCAGGCUCUACUAUGAUGUGUGCAGGAUCAUCUACUAGUGUCGACUAUGCGUAUGAUUUAAAUCUCGUCCGUGUUGGCUCACGGGUGGGCGUACAGAGAAAAGACGAUGGCUCAUUACAUUAUUUUAUUGACGGUCAUGAUAUGGGAGAGGCGUGUAGCGGAAUGCCUUCUACAUUGUGGGCCGUAAUCGAUAUGUACGGCCAAUGCGCACGUGUUAGCGUUGUAUAUGCCGCACAGAGCAUUGAUCAGCAAGUUCAAAGUUCAGGAUUAUCAUGCGGCCUGACACACGCUUGCAUGUCGUUCAGUCAACAAGCUCGAACAGGCGGCGGGAGUACCAGCCAUCAGUUAAACAAAUCGUGCGGCCACAAUGUAGUUCUUCGUAAUGAUGGUCGUUCAGCAUGCCGUACCUUAGGUUUUAACAAUGGCCUACUCUUUAGCUGUGGACCACUCGACCUAGAGGAACUGUUUGAAGUCCAAAUCGAACAGAUUCACGCUAAUAUGUUGACAGCAAAUGUGAUCGUUGGUUUAACAACGUACGACCCGCAGGGCGGGCCCGUAAAUUAUCGCUCGUUCCAGGAACUUCUUGCAGACACUCGCUAUAUCACCUGUCUUGUUGUUGGAAGGAAGGUAUAUUCAAAUACUACUCUAGUCAAAGAUAAUUAUGGCUCACCCGCACUUGCACGAGCUACUGGAGGCGAGAGGGUUGGUGUAGAGCAUUGUUCGGACGGAACCAUGCACGUGUAUGUAAAUGGGGAGGAUCAGAACGUAGCAACGCAAAAUCUUCCGCGUGCAAUGUUAGCUGUCUUCGAUCUCUUUGGCGCUAUCGAGAGCGUCUCACUUUGCUCAAGCGCCUUCGUUCCCAGUCGACAUACGCCCAGCUGUUAUGAGGCGCUGCCCGUUUCUGUUUGUGGUACGGUAGUGAAUCGCUUCCUUGAGUCGCUCAUAGGUUCAAAUAUUCAGCUGGCGGCUGGUGGGACCUCUGCCAAAAGGGUUGCCUCAUUUAACGACGCAAUCGUAAUGUCAGCUCAACCUUUAGCUGUGGAUCAGGCAUUUUCAGUGCGUGUGUCUCGUUUAAGCUCCGCAAAAUGGGAGUCUUCCAUGUGUAUUGGAAUUCUAGGUGAAAUACCUUUGAUACUUCCAUCUUCAGCGCUGGAAUUUACGAAACUCUGUUGGCUCAUUAUAGGUAAAUCUGUUUACGUCAAUGGUAGAAAGGUAAAAGACAAUUACGGGCCAAAUCUCGACCAUCUAAAGGAACAGUCGACUGUCGGAGUUUUAGUUGACUCAUCUCGUCAGAUGCAUCUCCUUGUUAAUGGAAUUGACCAAGGCAUUGCGUGUGGAAAUGUCUUUGCAUCGCGCUGCUUUGCUCUCUGUGAUCUCUACGGCCGGUGUGAGAAACUAGAGGUUCUCCAGGAUAAUGAGCCUAUAGGUGAUCCGCUGGAGGACACAGCAAUCGAGGCUUUGGAGAAGGCUCACCUUGAUGAUAAUCAGGGUCGAAAAGAAAAUUUACAGGAGCCUCGACCUGUACAGAUCGACAGGACGCGUUUGGCGUUAGCGGCCUGCCCAAACCAUCAGGUAGCCAUAUACUUUCUUCGUUAUGUGCUGUGUCUCCCGUGGCAUCUUGUCGAUGGUCAAAGAUGUUCGUGUGACACUUGUUUGCUUCAAGGAAAUGUAAAAGGAAAGAUGAUGAAGAAGUGCUCUACUUUUACUCUGAAGACUUCCGUAAGGAGCUCUCCAUCAUGGGACGUCGCAUUUAGCUUAGAGAUUCCACUUGGAGCUAUACGGAAAUGUGUUGAUCAUGGCCGUCUGUUAGCACGCCAGGAGUGGGGGGUGGCACCUGUGGUUGCGGCAGGUGCAAGCGCAAAGCAUCUUGAUGGAAAAACAUCUGCGCCAAUUGUUUGUGCAACUCCUUGUCUUCGAUACGCGCUGUCACGAGCACCAGCACAUCGUUUCAGUCCACGGGGUUUCAGUGAGCCUAAGGAGUCGCGAAUAGUUCUUCAAGCUCUGAUUUGUCCUGAUUCCUAUCAAAAAGUUUUCCUAACAGAAGGAGGCCAAUCAAUGGGGUCAGCUUCUACUGUUUUAAACGUUAGUCCUUCCGUUCAACAGGAAAAAUGGGAAGAAUGGCACACGAAGGAAAAAAGUGCUACUGCUGUUCAGGCAAUUAUUGUCUGCCUAGACUAGACGCAAUAGACAUCCAAAGGGAAAGCCGUGGCCAAACUAAUGUUUAGUUUUCUACAUCGUUGUAACUACUAUAAAAACUGCCAAGUAAUAUGUCAUAUUUAAAUUUAAAAUCUGCUGCCGAGCCUGUUAAAUAGUAACAGCUAUAGAACUAAAGCACAAUAAAUAGAACAGAGCCUAAAUGAGAAGAAAGAAGAAGCAUGUUCGGGUGAAUAUGGCCGCGCCACACCGAUGGACGCAGCCGCAUCAAAAAAAUAAACGGGAAAAUCUGGCGUCCAACCUAACGAGGCAUAGCCGAGCAGGGGAUUUUGUCAAGAAAAGCUUGACGCACACAUGAGCUCCAUAAGCCAGUUCUCUACGGUUAAGAAGGAAUCAUGGAUUGGCGUGGCAUUGGUCAAAUGAAGCGCUGAGAAAGACGGAACAAAAAAACAGCCAGAAACGAGAAUCAGUGCUUAUGAUGCUAAUAAAUCGUCAACAAGGAUUGAAAAGAAAUGGCGGCGUCAGCAUUGUGUGCAGUUAGGAGUUAUUUCACCUUCAAGUAGGUUUAUAUCAAUCUGUGACGAUAUUCGUGACAGCUGGUGUUCUAAGUAAUAAGCUAAACUUUAUUAUUAAUAUUACUAUCACAAAGGAAUUCCUUCCCGAUAGGCAUAGUCGCAUAAAAUAUGUUGCUUCCUACAAUACAUUUUAACAACACUGUUAAGAGCGAAUGUUAAGAUGGAAUUGAAAUCAAGGUUUUUACGUGACGAUAUUCAACAAACUUGAGGACGCGAAAAAAGAGCCUGCAUCCGCUCCGUUGUAUAUAAUAGCAAUGUAGAAUGCUUAGCAAAGGUGAUGUGAGUUAAGCUUGAAAUAAAGCAAUUUUACCCUAAACGUA